AUGAUACUAAGCUUCUUUGACCAAUUUAUAUCCCCUUCAUACCUCGGCAUCCCACUAAUUGCUCUAGCGAUUAGCCUGCCUUGAAUUCUGUUCCCAACCCCGCAAGCCCGCUGAUUAAACAACCGCGUACUAACGCUUCAAGGGUGAUUUAUUAGCCGCUUCACCUCGCAACUUCUUCUACCCCUAAACCCCGGAGGCCACAAGUGGGCAGUUCUAUUCACCUCGUUAAUAGUUUUCCUAUUUUCUAUCAACAUACUAGGACUCCUUCCAUACACCUUCACACCAACGACCCAACUCUCCCUUAAUAUAGGCCUCGCAGUACCCCUUUGAUUAGCAACUGUCAUUAUCGGGAUACGAAAUCAACCAACGCAUGCCCUAGGCCACCUUCUUCCAGAAGGCACCCCCACUGCCCUCAUCCCUGUACUUAUUAUCAUUGAAACAAUUAGCCUAUUCAUUCGACCCCUCGCUCUCGGUGUCCGACUAACAGCAAAUCUCACAGCAGGCCACCUCCUUAUUCAACUCAUUGCAACAGCUGCCUUCGUCCUUCUUCCCCUCAUACCUGUUGUUGCUAUCUUAACAACGGUGGUCCUCUUCCUCCUCACCCUACUAGAAGUAGCCGUUGCCAUGAUUCAAGCUUAUGUCUUUGUUCUACUCCUAAGCCUAUAUCUACAAGAGAACGUUUA